CCUGGUUACGUUGUCUUGUAAUGAGCUUCUGAAUACUUGUGUGGAAACUUUAAUGCGCCGUAAAAGGUAUAUUUAGUUACGUUCACAGUUCUAAAGACAAUUUAUGACUGGCUGCGCCCGUAAGGUAGUCAAUGUGUAGUGGACUAGCGGCAUCUUCUCAGGAGUGAAAGCUGACUAUUUGCAUGUUUGCAGAGAGGACUGUGUUGUUUUGACCAUUUUCUUGGCACGUUGAUCUCCAAGAUCUAAGAUUAUCUUGGUUCACCUUAACGAGCGAUCAGGUUGAAUCGAACAUCAGCUCCCCCCACCGCACACACACACACACACACACACACCAAGCUCAUUUUCUUUCUUACAUGUGGGCACUACUGGAUCGGUUGUGGUUCUGCUUCGCUCAGUGGCAAAAAUCCGUGGGCCUAUCAAAUUUCAGUUCGUAAGAGGUGAACCUUGGUGUAACAACUACCCAAGUUGCUCUCAGACACUCAAGUUACGCUAAAGGCAUUUUGUUGAAAAUGUUGGUUUUAUCUGGUAACUUACUUUAGUUUUAAACGUCCGCAGUUAACUGUCAAAUAAACCGACAAGUGGUAUUGACCUCUCUGUCUUUCUCUAUAUCUCUCUGUGGUUGUGUAUGUGUGUGAGAGAGAAACAUAGAGAAAGACUUAGAAAGAGACAGAUCUAGAAAGAGUGCACAUCCACAUUCCCACAUAAAGGCAGAGUUUGUGUCAGUGAGUGUGUGUGAGAGAGAAGAAAGAUUGAGAGAAAGAGACAAUAUGUGUGGAUGUACAAAGGCUGUGUAUGAGUGAUUGUUUUGUAAGUAUGUCUUUGAGGAAGAAAGAAUGAGAAAGAUUGAGAGAGAAUGCAUGUGUAUAACGGUUCUGAACGUUUGACUGUACGAUAAUUGAAGUCGAGAGAUGUAUUGUACGUGUGUCUGUGUUGACCCCAUUCUCAAUCACUUAUCAGCCCUAACACAAAAGCCUUGACGCUAAUUAUUGAGAUGCUGAAGGUGCCACAUUCCGGUGGCAAACGCGUUAUGAAACAAUAAAGCAGUCAGACACGGGCAACUAAUCAAUCUUUACGGUAACAACAUUUUUUUUCCUUCAGCGUAUGGAGCAGCAUGCUGACCGAAGGUCAUCAUUACAGAGGCGGUCUGUCUUUUAAUGAAUAAUAAAUAAUUCUUGACAAUCAUAAUAGCGCAGAGGCCAUUCCCCGAUGUCGUGGUCUUCAUCACAUUCGGACUACGCACCACUUUACAGUUGUCUCAAAUACAUUUUCGCUGCUCAUUUGUAAUCCAUUAUGAAUACAAGCCCCAAACCAUACAUGAAGCCCGUGCAUAAUCCUAUUUACCCUGGAAAAAGAGCCCUGCUGGCAGCCCUGGCUACUUUCCUCUCCUCUCUCUCUGUCCAUCUAACUCUCUGCUCAAGGAGCCAGAGCGGCAGAGGUGAUGGCCUGUUGGUUAUUUAAAAUGUGGCAGUUACCCAGAGAGGUCGGGUGUCAAUUCCAUUUCAGUUCCAUUAAUGCAGCAACUGCAUUAGAAAAUUACCUCCUGUACAUUGAGUGUCUCUCUCCCUCUCUCUCUUUUUCUGUUGAACCACAGCAGUUCCAAUUUGGCAACAAAACCCUCCGCUGAGUCCAUGAAUGAAAAUAAUGUGUAAUAAUACACCACGGAUACUUCUGUGAAGCGCAGCGUAUUACUUUUUUUGGCCAGUUAGUCAGCUAUGUUACAAAUUACAAAUGCCAGUAUUUUUUAGAGAAGCUGAGAGCUGAAUGGGUAGAAGUACCCAAAAAGGUAAUUGAUGGCCCUCUCUUUUGGUUUAACACUUUAACUUAUGGUUAGUAACUGAGUAGAACAGAGUAGACUGGUGUGUGUGUGUGUGUGUUUGUGUUUGCUACGGAUGUGUAUGUACAGGCAUGUGUGUUCCCUGAAGCAUGUGUUAUUUCUGUAGAAAAAGAGGACCACCCAGUGCUGUGGCUGGUGUAGGUCCCGAGGUGACACCGAACGAUCUUUGCACUUUGCCCUCUGCCAAGCAGUGAUGAUUCAUUUUCACUACGGCAGAAGUUGCUGUAUAGGGCACUUCUAAGGUUACUCCAGCCUUCAGUCCACAGCAUGAAUGCGUCCAAGGAUUCUCUGUAAUAUUGUGGAAAACACUGUAUAAAAGAUACAAGCAGUCUUUGUAUUUUUCUUGCACUGACAGAGUGCUGAGGGGCCAGCUGACCAGAGAAAGCAUUUGUGUGUGGAGUGUUAACACUGCCUGAAGAGCCCGUUACUGUUAGGCAGUCCCACAGACAUCUCAUCGCUGAAUUAAUUUAAGUGUUAAUGUCCUAUAAUUAUUGGAUUAGCUACAUGAAAGCCUUGAAAGUUGAACUCGUGAGGAUAUCUAAUGCAGUGCUUAAUGUGUAGAGUAAUUAGAGUUGCUGCCACACCACACAAAUACGCUUUGCCUCAAAUAGCUUUGACCUAACUCUAGGCCGCUGAGGCUUUUUCAAAAGAAUGCAAACACGAGAGUGUAAACUGGCCUCCUGUUCCUCUUUGGAUGGAUGUAUUUGAUUAAAUCAGGAGUGUGUGUGUGUGUGCGUGUGUGUGUUGGGGGGGGGCAUGUUCUUGUGUAUGGUAGGCCGUGUUUGGAAACAUGCUGGGUUAAUGUUUGAAUCCUGCCUCAUGUUUACUUUUCUCAGAGAGCUAGUCUAAUGAGGGAUCUCGGUGGAGCGCUGGUGUUUGCCGGACCGUGAAAUCCAAUUUUACCGUACACUACUAGAUCAUUGUCAGAUUGGGGCCAUGAAGUAGUGAUGGCGUUCGGGUCCCUCUCCGAUAACCUCCAAGGCCCAGAAAUGCAGUUGUUUCCAAGUUGUAGUCUGCCAGAUAAUUAUGGAUCUGAAUGGAAGCGUGUGAUGACCCAUGCGCGUCAGAGGGGACCUCUGUGGCGAGACUGGAGUGAGUCUUGGGACCAGGUGGGCAGCCCCACACAUGCUGAAACCAUGGGACGAGCCUGGCUCAAGAGCCCGAGACAAGAGCAGCGGACCCGGAAGACCAAGGCCAAGAUCAGAAGGAGCCGGGCUAAAGAGGGAGAGAGGGAGGCAAAAGGUUUAAGCACAGAGCUGGACAGGAAGAUGUACCCUCUGAGGGGCCGACUGGGCAUGGGCGAUCUUGGCACGCGCAACUGCUGUGUGGUGCUCACGCGGCUGGAGGAGGGCGAGGGCCAGACGGCCGCCGAGGACGGGCGCAGGAGGAGCCGAGGCAACAGGCCAAGGACUGGGGGGAAGCGCGGAAGGAGGACCAAGCCCUGCAAGUGCCGAAAGAAGGGCUGCAAAGCGUGCUGCAGGUCGCAGGUGCCUCUGCCGCCGCAACUACCAAAAAACAAACUCCCCAAACCAGAAAUACCUGCCUUAUGCUUGCUCCCGGAGCCCACCCCGGAGCCGCGGAAGCGCAGGAUGGCCUCGCUCAAUGCGGAGGCGGUUAACAGCCUGCUGUUCGACAGAGAGGACCCCAAGCAAGGGUCCAGGCACACAAAGAAGCAACAGCAGCAGCAGUGUCCUGCUUUGAAAGGGGAAUCUGCUAAUCUGGCGAAAGACCAAGCUAAGGAAGCAGGCAGCUCAAAAAGGUCAGCUCAAGGCAGAAAGAGGACGCCAGACACAGAGGGGUGUCCGAGUCCCAAAAAACACAAAAAGGCCAAGUUGGACAAGAAGGAAGUGGACCAGCUGAGUCUGGACAGCCCCACGCCGCGACGCCUGGCAGGGCUGAAUGCGGCCGCUCUCCUCAAACUCACGAGUACAUCCGCCGGAGCCAAGCGGCGCGGCAAAACAGACUGCAGGCAGGGGUGCGGAACCACUCGAAAUAAACAACAACAACAACAACAACAACAACAACAACAGGAGCAGCAGCAGCAGCAACAACACCACCACCACCACCAUCACCACCACCUCUCCCAUUCACAACAACAGCAGCACAAGUCACACCAACAGCCAUCUAUUCGUCAGCAGCAGCAGCAGCAGCAGCAGCAGCAGCAGCAGCAACAACAACAACAACAACAGCAGCAGCAGCAGCAGCAGGUACUUCAGAGGGGUUGCAGCCUGUGCAAGAAAGAGGCCUACCAGCAGGAGGCGCUGUGGGAAGGCACUGCGGGGGGCCACGGCUUUAUUCGGCCGGGCUUCCAGUGCCGGUCCAUGCUGAGCUACCCGCUGAAGCAGGUGAAAGAGGAGCAGACGGAGACGGAGGUGAACCCGUACUUCUGCUGCUCCCAGGAGCACUCGGUGGAGUACUGUCACCGGCUGGCACUCUUCCUGGACCAGAAGGCCUACCCGGAAACGGACGAGCACUCCCUCCCCUCCGUCAAAGGCUUCCUCGCGCACCCGGCGGCGCUGGCCAUCAACACCCACCCAUACCCCUGCUACUCCGGCUACUAUGUCCACAUCGCUCACCAUGGCGCCUCCUCGCCCCCCAUCAGCACCACGCCAGUCCCCUACCCGCCCUCCUCCGUGGCCCCCAUCACGCUGUGCUCUAGCGCCAGGCAGAGACCUAAGCUGAUGCCUCCAUCCUCCGUCUCCCACCCCCCAGGGAUCACGCAUCCAGCCUACUGCAGCUCCGUGGGGGCCUGCUACGGUGGCGAGCCCUGCCGCAUGGGGCCCUACGCCUACAGGACCUCGCCGCACCUCCAGGCGCCGCGCGGCUGCUCCUACAGUGCCGACUGCUCGAGCUGCAACCGCAAGAUCAAGAUGGAGGACUACCCUUACCCGCUGGAGGAGCACAGCCCCUCCAUCCCCAUCUCGCCCCCUCUGCCCCUCUCCGUCUGCCCCAUGCCCAGCGUGCCCCCCUCCCCGCAGUCCGUCCCUCACCUCCAGACGCCUCUCUCCGACUCCGGCCCCCCCCAGGGCCAGCUGCGGGUCGCCCGCGAGUGCCCUCAAAGCGCCAAGCCCCCGAGCGGCUCCCGCUCCGGGGUACGCAACGCCCCCUCCGUGGUGUGUCCGCACAGAAAGGAGAACCAGCUGGGGCCGGGCGGUGCCAGCGGGACUGCCGGCAAGCAGCAGAAGAUCACGCGUCGCCGGGCAACCAACGGAUGGCUUCCUGUCGGCGUGCCGACUGAAAAGGAGGUGUUUGUAGUGGGGGAGGAGACCGCAGUGCUGCGCAGGUGUUAUGAGGGCGUGCAGAGGGCGGGCGAGGUCAUCCAUGUCAGGGACACCGUGAUGCUGCGCUCCGGCCCCAGGAAGAAGUCCCUGCCCUUUGUGGCCAAAGUUUCCGCCUUCUGGGAGGACCCUGAAACUGGAGAGAUGAUGAUGAGCCUGUUUUGGUACUACCGCCCAGAGCACACUCAGGGGGGCCGCAAUCCCAGCAUGCACUGUGAGAAUGAGAUUUUUGCGUCUCGCCAUCAGGAUGAAAACAGUGUGGCCUGCAUUGAAGACAAGUGCUACGUGUUGACUUUAGCUCAGUACUGUAGAUAUUGUGCCUUGGCGAAGCGACACGCCGACGGUCUCCCCAAAAGUUCCCCCGUGGUGCCGCCUUCCCUGGGGUACGCCGUGCCCUCGCACCGCCGCGUGCCCGCCAACGUGGACCCGGAGCUGGUCUUCGUCUGCCGACACGUAUACGACUUCCGCUAUGGACGGCUCCUGAAGAACCUGCAGUAGCGUUGGAGAGGGGGGGGGGGGGGGCGG